UUCCACUGCCACUGAAAUAAGAACAGGGGGAAAAAGGAGGAAUCUGAAUUCUGCGAAGCCAAGGACACCGUGUGGAGGAAAGGACAUCUUUCACCAUGGAUGUGUUCAUGAAAGGACUUUCCAAGGCCAAGGAAGGAGUUGUGGCUGCUGCUGAAAAAACCAAGCAGGGUGUGGCAGAAGCAGCAGGAAAGACAAAAGAGGGAGUCCUCUAUGUAGGUUCCAAAACUAAGGAGGGAGUGGUUCAUGGAGUGACUACAGUGGCUGAGAAGACCAAAGAGCAAGUGACAAAUGUUGGAGGGGCAGUGGUGACUGGUGUGACAGCAGUUGCCCAGAAGACAGUGGAGGGAGCGGGGACCAUUGCUGCUGCCACUGGCUUCGUCAAGAAGGAUCAGCUGGGCAAGGGUGAAGAAGGGUACCCACAAGAAGGAAUUCUGGAAGACAUGCCUGUGGAUCCUGGCAGUGAGGCCUAUGAAAUGCCUUCAGAGGAAGGAUACCAAGACUAUGAGCCCGAAGCCUAAGAGUGUCUUUGCUUCCAGUGUCCUGAAAUCUACGGCCACUGUUCCAUGGUGUACAAGUGCUCAGUUCCAAUGUGCCCAUUCAUGACCUUUCCUCAAAGCUGUACAAUGUGUUUCAAAGUCUUCCAUCAGCAGUGAUUGAUGUCCUGUACCUGCCCCUCAGCCUCCCGGUGCUUCCCUCUCACUACAGUGAAUACAUGGUAGCAGGGUCUUGUGUGCUGUGGAUAUUGUGGCUUCAAACCUAACUCAUUAGACGAAAUUUAAAACACCCAAGUGACUACCACUUAUUUCUAAAUCUUCUUUUUUUUGCUCUUCUUGAGACGUUGUGAUUUGCUAUCUUAUAAGAGCUUUAGGUGUCCUUAAUGAUUCUUUCUGUCUAAGAAUGAUGUGUUGUGAAAUUUGUUAAUAUAUAUUUUAAAAUAUGUGAGCAUGAAACUAUGCACCUAUAAAUUUUAAUUAUGAACUUUA